AUCGAAUACGUUGAUAUUCCUCAAGAUGUGGUUGUCCCCAAGUACGUGGACGUUAUCCAGGAGCAUAAGGUUCCUCAGAGGGUCCAGAAGUACCAGGACAAGAUCAUUGAGGAGGAGGUGUUUCAAACGGUCGAGAAGGUCGUCGAGGUACCUCAGAUCGAGACGGUCGAGCGGUACAUUGAGAUUCCUCGAGAGGAGACGGUCACUGGUGAACAGCGAACGAUAACUACCCAGUUGGAGACUAUUCGCAUCGAGGGUGGUAUUGAACGGCUCCAUGAGCGUGUUGAUGGCACUGCCUAUGAUCCGGAACCGGCCCACAUCUAUACGUCGAUCUCUACUCAUGAUCUCCCUCCUGGGAGCUUGAGUCGGUAUCAGGUACAGCAAUUGGCCCAACAGAAGCAGCAGCAUCGUGAUGAUCAGCGUAUGUCCUCUCCGACACCGGACCAGGGUGUCAAUCAGAAGUCCUUGGCGGAAAUGUUCAACAGUUAUGGUCAGCAGUCCUACUACUAA